AUGUCAAGAGCACGGCUUAGAGGCGGUGCCGGCCAACGUCAGAUUGACGUUUUUCGGUGGCUCGGAAAAGACCAAGGCGUGAACGAGAAGCUGGACAAGGGCAAAGGGAGAGAGUGUGACACAGCGGUCACGUACAAGGGCAGAAAGAUUGGGGCACCACAACCAACGUCGGCUCUGAACGUACUACCACCAGCUUCAAGAUUUAUGCAAUUGCGCGAGGGCAACAGUUCUUUCGAUGCUGCACCAAGACCACCGUUCCCCAAUGGAUAUGAUGUCAACAAUAUUCAUCCGCCAACUUCACGAUGCCAAGACUGCAAUACUACUGAGUGCACCUCAUCACCACUACCCACUCUUGUUCCAGCUUUCAACACCGUACAGCCUCGACCAGUCACGAGCAAUCCAUUCGCAGAAAUCUACGGCAACCCAGACGUAAUCAAGGCUGCUCCUACCGCUCCGCCAAUCGACUACGCCACAGCAGGCAGCCUUGUCAACAGACCGAGUGCACUAGGUGACUCGCAAACGGGAUACGGUGAUGUGCUUGCGUUGCCCAAAAACAAUGGAUUGCGUAGUUCUGGCAGAACAACAGCUGGAAUUUUAAAGUCUGAAAAGCCUGACAUGAAGCCAACAACGCAGAAGAUGCGAGUCGACAGGAAAUGGGACAAACUACCUGCUCUGCCGCCAGGGGAAAGCCCGCCCGAGCCAGUGCUGAAGAACGACAGACCUGCUGAGAGGGGGAUGGAAGACGAUGGGCCUUUCGAUACUGAAGAGAUACUCCGCUCGCUACGACCUGAGCGGCUUAGUCUGUAUCAUAUCAAAACGCCAGGGCGUACCGUAAACGGUUGUGUUAGCAGCAAUCAGGAAUCUCACACCAUCCCUCCACGUACUGCAUGUGAUACUACUUCAAGCAGAGUAAAGCCAACAAACGCCAAUGAAUGCAAGGCAGCAGACGACCUCAACAUCCGCACCCGAGAAUGGGAUUCCCGAUCUUGCGCUACUGACGAUCUCAGUGUAGACACUCGGCUCCAGCAGCAGGAGCACCUCGAACAACGCCUCGAAAGACGUCCGAUCCCACAAGAUCAACGACGGCAGAACGAUAUUUGCGACAACAAAGAGGCACUUCACGGUCUACCCAAUGAGAAUGCUUUGAGCCCAGAAAGUGCCUUCUACGCCGAGCUGAUCGACAUUGUGAAGCACCACCACGAGCAGCAACGGGUGAUCCAAAGAGCUUUCGAAGCAGGCGAAAUCAGCGAAGAGCACCACAAACGGCAGACCUGGCGAUACGGCACCGCGAUGGACCAAACAAUACUCACCAACGAACCCUCCAUCCGCAACGCCAUCAGCCAACCCACCAGCUACGCCAUAUACAGCGCACUCCUCGAACCUCGCGACCCGGGGAAAUGGCAGCGCAUCUUCGCUCACCUCUCGGUACCCUCACCAUGUGUCGGAACUGCACCAAAGCAACACCUCGCAGCUCCGCUGACACAACGCAUCCGCAAAGCAGGACAAGCGCUGCGCUCUCUCUUUGUAGUCCCAGAUGACCUAGCUUCAGACCCUGACUCGGACUGCGCUGAUACGCCGAUAUAUGCAUCUACCAUCGCCGUGCUGAGCCCAAAUACACCCGCCCGACUACAGUUCGCAGACGCAGCCGUACAAACCACAGCUCCAUCUCCUUUGCACCGCCAGGGCUUCGCGCAUGUCCACCAAAAUAACCCUCUCCACGUCGCCGCUCCCACCCCGCAUUCGACCGCGUCCACGGACCUCGACAAUGCAGAGCCCACGUACGCCAGGCUUGCGCCGAAGAUUGACGCUGGAUACGCCCCGGCGCUGCGCACGUGCGGGUACGAGGCCGAUGUGUUCGUCACGGUGCUGCGGCCGGGAGUGGGCGGUGAUAGGGAUGGGAAGGUGGUGGUGGGGUAUGGCGCUGGUAGGCAGGAGAAGCAUCACGAGGUGAGUGACGGAGAGAGAGCGGUUACAGAGUGGCCCACGGCGGAAUGGUGA